CGUAGAAUUCGGUGUGCGAUACCGAAAAUGAAGAAAAGAUCAAAAUUGACCACAAGAGAAAUAUCAAGAAACCCAUUUCCCAUCAAACCUCCAAUCCAUCAAAUUCAAAGUACAAUUAUAUCCCCAUCAUGUCAGUCAUAUUAGCAUCAGCAGGAUAUGAUCAUACCAUACGGUUUUGGGAUGCAUUGACAGGAGUCUGUUCUCGUACCAUUCAACAUACCGAUUCUCAAGUUAAUCGAUUAGAAAUAACAUCAGAUAAACGAUUCUUAGCAGCGGCAGGGAAUUUAUACGUCAGAUUGUAUGAUAUACGACAAGCUGCUACUCAUACCACUAAUAAUGGUAGUAAUAAUGGUACAAAUAGUAAUAAUAAUAAUAACAAUCCAGCCAUGACAUUUGAAGGUCAUACAAAUAAUGUCACAUCAUUAGCAUUUCAAGUGGAAAAUAAAUGGAUGGUAACAUCUCUGGAAGAUGGUACUGUCAAAGUAUGGGAUGUUCGUGCUCCAUCAGUUCAAAGAUCUUAUAAACAUCAUUCACCUGUAAAUGAAGUGGUAAUCCAUCCAAAUCAAGGUGAAUUAAUAAGUUGUGAUCAAGAUGGAAAUAUUAGAAUCUGGGAUUUAGGUGAAAAUCAAUGUACUCAUCAUUUAAUUCCUGAAGAUGAUGUCCCUUUAAAUUCAUUAUCAGUAGCAAGUGAUGGUUCAAUGUUAGUGGCAGGAAAUAAUAAAGGGAAUUGUUACGUUUGGAAAAUGCAAAGUCAAAGAGAUAUAACUUCUUUAACUCCAGUUACAAAAUUUAGAUCUCAUCUGAAAUAUAUUACUAGAGUUUUACUCCUGACUGAUAUUAAACAUCUUGCAACUUGUUCUGCUGAUCAUACCGCAAGAAUAUGGUCAACCGAAAAUAAUUUUAAUCUAGAAACAACUUUACAAGGUCAUCAAAGAUGGGUAUGGGAUUGUGCUUUUAGUGCUGAUAGUGCAUAUUUAGUAACUGCUUGUUCUGAUCAUUAUGUUAGAUUAUGGGAUUUAUCAAAUAGUGAAACCGUAAGACAAUAUAAUGGUCAUCAUAAAGGUGCAGUAUGUGUAGCAUUAAAUGAUGUUUAA